AUGACGGUUCAGUUAUUUAUUGAAAAAUUUAUUCGCUCAAAAUCUCGUUUAAACGAUAGUAUUCUACGUUGGACAAAUUUUUCUGCGAUUCAAUUACGAUAUAUAAUUGAUUUCUAUGAAAUGUUUGAAGAAAUUGCAUUUGAUCAAGUCUUACGUGUUUACAUAAAGAAAGAACUUGCUGAAGAAGCAUUUAAUCCACAAGAUCGAAAACGAAUUAUUGAAGCAUUUUGUCGUGCAACAUUUGAAGAAAAUAAAAUUACUGAAAAACUCAAAUCAAUUGAUAUUUGGAUUGCAAUGCUCAAACGAUUGAUAGUACGUAUAUUGAAUGCAAACAUAAGUCUCGAUGUACCAUUACAAAUUUAUCUUGAACGAACGGAUUUAUGGAGUAAUGGUAUUAAUUACGAAGAUCUCGCGAUGUUUGAAGUCGAAGAUAUUAUUUUAUUACAACACACUUAUGUCAUUCUAACUGGUUUGGAAAAUAAGAAAAAAGCAGCCAAUCAAUCGCAACAGCCUGAGAUCAAAUCAAAAGUUCAAACGGGUGAAGGGCUACGAAAAAAAGUUAAUACAUGGUACACGCAAACGGCAACGGCAACAACCAGCACUAAAGAGAUUCGUGGCAAAAAGACAUCUGGAAACAAGGGCCAUUCAUAA